AUACUGUAUAUAAGUAAAUUAAGAUCUUAUACUUAUAUUAUUUAUAUUAUAUAUGCAUGUAUGUAAGUAGGUGUAGCAUUACUUUAGGUGUGAGAUACUCACUGAAACCGGUAAAAAAAAAACGGUACAACUACAAACGGACUUUAUGCAGACUGCACUUUACCAAAGCGUUAUUAUAAUCUUCAGCUACAAAAUUUAUUUAAAUUAUCAAGAUAUCGCAAAUUUUGGUUUUUGGCAGAAAAAAUGUACAUACAAUAUUUCAAAAAAGUUUGUAUAUUAUAUUUAAAACACACUGGUCACACUGAAUAUUUUAUUUAUUCGUGAAAACUAAAACUGUGGCUUGUGAUGACCAUGUCUAGGUUCAGUGGAGCCUUACAACUCGCCGAUAUGGACGACUUUAUUACACCAUCGCAGAUAUGUACUAAACCUAUUUCUAUAGAUAAGGCAAAAACGAAAACUGGGUCAAAAAUUACCAUAAACGGAGACAUAUGUUUUGAAGAAUUUGAAAAUAAAAAGCAAAAUCUUAAGAAGGUUGAGAUCUCUCUUCAAGACUGCUUAGCCUGCUCCGGUUGUAUCACAUCCUCCGAAGGCGUUCUGAUUACACAGCAGAGCCAGGACGAGCUGCUUAAGGUUCUUCGUGAAAACUCAAAAAUAAAAGCUUCAGGAGACUGCGAUAAUGUUCGCACGAUUGUGUUCACAGUGGCUACCCAACCGCUGUUGAGCUUAUCCCAUCGCUAUCAAAUAAGUGCGGAGAAGACUGCGCGCCACCUAGCCGGAUACUUUCGCAGUUUGGGAGCCGAUUAUAUUUUAUGCACCAAAGUAGCUGAUGAUCUAGCACUUCUCGAAUGCCGGCAGGAAUUUAUGGAACGAUACCAUGAAAAUAAAAACUUAACCAUGCUCAGCUCUUCUUGCCCGGGAUGGGUUUGUUACGCAGAGAAGACGCAUGGGAACUUCAUAUUACCUUACGUAUCAACCACCCGAUCACCUCAGCAAAUAAUGGGAGUGCUAGUGAAACAAUUUCUGGCCAAAAAAUUAAAUAUUCCUGGGUCGCGAAUCUAUCACGUCACCGUGAUGCCUUGCUUUGACAAAAAGCUGGAGGCUUCUCGAGAGGAUUUCUUUAGCAAAACCAAUAACUCACGCGACGUGGAUUGUGUUAUUACAUCAGUUGAGGUGGAGCAGAUGCUUACUGAGGACGAACGUACAUUGACGCAGUACGACCCCGAAGAUCUGGACUGGCCUUGGUCUGAUACAAGGCCAAAUUAUAUGGUGUGGGCUCACGAGGCAACACUAUCUGGCGGUUAUGCAGAGCAUAUUUUCAAGUUCGCCGCUAAAGAGCUUUUCAACGAAUUCACUCCAAAAGAGCUGGAAUUUAAACAACUUAAAAACCGCGAUUUUCGGGAAAUUAUACUUGAGAAGAAUGGCAAGGCCGUCUUGAAAUUUGCUAUAGCUAACGGGUUCAGAAACAUACAAAAUCUUGUGCAAAAACUUAAGCGGGGAAAAUUGGUUAAGUACCACUUUGUAGAGGUCAUGGCGUGUCCUUCAGGGUGUAUAAACGGAGGUGCACAGGUACGCCCAACCACCGGGCAGCAUGUCCGUGAACUGACGCAGCAACUGGAAGAGUUGUACCAAAAGCUUCCACUCUCCCAGCCCGAAAACUCAACAACAAAACACAUAUACUGCGAUUUCCUAGAUGGCUUUCAAACGGAAAAGUCUUAUGAGCUUCUUCACACAAGUUACCACGCAGUAGAAAAUCAAUUCGGUGCGUCUUUAAACAUUAAGUGGUGAAAGAAAUUUACGAAAUUAUAUUUGUUAGAUUUUUGAUUCGUAACGAAGAAUUAGUUUGAUGAAACAACAAGUAAUGUAAAAUAUAAAUAGAACCUAAUAAAUUCAUAU